AUGGCUGAUAAAGCCAAGAAGCCAGAGCCCGCGGAUGAAGUGGGUACCAGGACCGGAUUUACCCGCUAUAAAUGGGAAGUGAAACGCAGCAACAAAGAGUUCUGGCGCUCAGGGCACGCAGUGGUCAAGUUAAUAAGUGUGAUCUGCCUGUUCAUAUCACUGGCAUACUUCAACGCAGCCACGGCGCAUCCUGCCUUGACUCUCAUCAUCACCUUGGAGGUGUUCAUCUUUUUCUUCUUCAUUAUCGUAUACAGCUUUGCCAUCCAAAGAUACCUGGUUUUCAUCUUGUGGCCAGUUUCUGACCUCCUCAACGACCUGUGCUGCUUCGGGUUCCUUGUGGGCGGCAUAUUCUUUGCUGUAAACAGUCGAGAAACAAUGCCAGUGGAGUAYGUCAUUGGUGUGGCCCUCAUGGGUGUGGCAGCACUGUUUGCUUUUAUCGAUUUAUGUCUUCAAAGAAAACACUUUGGCAAGAAGGGCCCUCCAGCUGCUCCUCCACCAGCGUCAUGAAGGAGAUUCCCGUUUCAGAAAUGGAAGUGUA